CCCCGUCGGUGUCUACUGUGCCAUAGUACUCCGGCACGUCUGCUCUAUUGAGUCAGCCUGACCGAAUUCGUCCCGGAUAGCGGCCACAAACGGAUCCUGUCCGGACACUAUACCAAAAUGAUAUACGCUUGGCGCGAGGGAUCUUCACUGUUCAGUCACUACGAGCUUUCAUGGCUGUGUCAAGCAUCCUUGCACCUCGCGACUGCAAGCGUCAUCCCAGCAAUAGCCAAAUAUAUGUUUUGGCACUGCAACCUACCCUACCUACUGGGAUGCUCAAAAAUGCAACUCGGGGGUCUGCACCUGAUUAGUCUUUCUAGCCUUGGACUGCAACCCUUGUCACCUCAAGAGUGCAGUGGAGUGUUUGCAAUCUAUGUAUCAGUGCUGGCAUAUGUGUAUCCCUCCACAGCCUUAGGUAUAUCAUCUCAUGGUCGCAGCACUACAUCGUGUGAGGUGAGCCAAGUGUGAAAAGACGUUCAGAGAUAGCCAACCACUCGAGCAGCAUGAAGCAAGAUUACACAAAAGGCGGCAUGAUCGGUCUGUCCGUGGCUUUCAUGAUACUGCCGCUCACGUUCAUGUCUCUCCGCGCUUGGGCAAAGAUCAUAGGGAAGCGUCUUGCUUUGGACGAUUACCUCCUCGUGGGCGCGCUGUUGGUCUCGUUGACUUGUUGCAUACUCCAGCUUACAACUGCAAUACAUGGACAUCUUGGGCAACAUCAUCAAGUCAAUGCAGCUGGAGCACAAAUCAUGAACGACGCUGGACUGAUACUUUUCGAACAGACGAAGUUCGCACUGAACAUGAUCUCGAUUGUUGGACUCGGGCUCGUGAAAUCCUCCAUUCUGGUCAUGUACAAGAACAUAUUCGACACUCCAAAGUUCCGGACAGUUGUCUACGUCGUUCUCGCAUACGUCAUCGGCUGGACCGUCAGCUUCACAAUCUCGCAUCUCUUCACAUGUUACCCCAUCACAGUAUUCAUCGAGCCGUACUACGGAAACAGCUGUGUACGCACUGUACCGAUGUUUCUGGCUCUCCUAUACACAGAUGUCCUUGCUGACUUCGUCAUCCUCGUGCUCCCAAUACCCAUGGUCUUGAGCAUCAAGCUCGACAUGAAGAAGAAGCUGGCUGUUAUUGGUAUGCUCAUGCUCGGGACAGCGGUGUGCGCUGUGAGCGUCACGCGCGUGAUAGCAACAUACGCCAUUGCCAAAGAAUACAUCAAGCACCCGGACGAUACCAUCUACUACACUGCACCAGUUUUCUUCUGGACCAACAUUGAGCUCUCUCUAGCUAUAGUGUGCGCCUGUCUACCAACUUUACGGCCGAUCUGGUUCCACUUUCGUCCUCGGCCCGCAACAACACACAAUGGCUCCGCCUACAGUUCAUCCAAGCUCACGGGUACAAAGAACAGCAGCUUCGCUGUCAAUUAUGGCCGCCCCUGUAAGCCGUACCAAGAACUAGAUGAGGUGUUAGAACUUACCCGACACAACGACGCGACUUCGCAAUCAUCCGAUAUUCCGUUGGUACCCGCCGAACGAGGGAUCCUGAAGGCGGUCACCAUUCAUCAGACGUUGACUUGAACGUAAAGAUGCAGCUUCCGGGCGACUAGAACUCGGCUCAACCAUGGACAUGGCCGCACCGCGCAUGCGGUUGGGGCAGGCUGAAAGACGUUUUCAGGAAGUCUCGGUCCGAAGAUGUGCACCCGA